GUUGCAUUAGUAGCAACGAUGACAUAACAACUCGGUAGUAGUUGAAUAUUUCCUUAACUCCUACCACAGUUAUUGAAUAAAGAUAAGUUUCAACAAAUAUCAAAAAACUCCAAUAACAUGAGUUAUGUAUUUUAAUUUUGUUGUAUAUGAGCUUUUGAUGUCAACUUAUAAAAAAGUGGCACCAGCACGUUGCUCAUAGCAUUGCUGGAAAAAAUAAACAUGGAGGGCUGAAUGUUUAGUAGAAGCCCCAAACAUAGAAUCUGGUAUGUCAUUACUUUUGAGUUUGACACCUUUCUCAUUUCAUAGUAGAACAUGAAGGGAAAAAAUAAUAUGACUGAUCAAUAUACCAAAAAAAUUAUGUGGUUUUCAAUUCUUUUAUGAGAAAAUAUUAAAGGAAAAAUUCAUCGAGAACUCUUGUGAUUUACCCUAACUUCAAUGGGAAAGUGUGAAACAUGAGCAGCUAGUUUAUGAUGUACUGUUUAGUAUUGUUAUUCUAUCUUGAAAUUCAACGUGCAACAGUGAAAUAUGUUUGUAAAUUAAAUAAGGGGGAGUAGAACAAGCACGUUCUUUGACUUCUUUCGCAUACAAUUUGGCAUCAAUCCAGGCAAGGACUUCAUGCAUUCCAACAUGUACGUAGAUACAAAACUACUUAAGUCUACAAAAAGAAUUAAAACACUCAAUCAAUAUCGAAACUAACACUUAUGAAGUUAUGGUGAUCAAAAGGAAAUUAUACAAUGUUUGUAUACAAAUGAUAUGAAUGACAUUUUGUUAAAGCGCAAUAACUUUGAUCAAGGGAUAGAUCUUUCACAUAAAAGGAGCUAACUAAUCUGACACAUGAUGGGGCUACCCCUUGUUUUCUCACGUGGCAAAAUUUGUUAAGAGUUAAACAUCCACCAUUUGGGGGCUUUUAACAUGCGAAGGAUAAAAAAAUAUACUUUUAAGCUGUGAGUUUGGAGUUUUCGUCACUCAAAUAUGUGACCCGAACAAUAAAACCAUUUUAAUUUAACAAAGUGUAUGAAAGGUAAGUAUAUAAAAAUAAAGUUAGUUUAAAAUAUUGCUAGCAAUGCUUGAACAACACACGCUUAAAUGCCUGACUAAUUUUUUUUUUUUGGUCACAUAAACCCUUUGCAAUGAAUGCGAAAGGCGUGUGUAUUGAGUAUAAUUUUUUUUUCAUUGUCUAAAACUAUAAGCAUCAUGAUAGCUAAUUAAUUAAGAAAUUAAAAAAACCCAAUACAUCCAUUAAAAGAAUUAAGCUAACCGAACAUCAAACCAAGAUUUUAAACGUAUGUGCUAGUAAGCUAUAGACACAUUCUACUGUAUUUUUUUUUUAUUGGUGGCAAAAGAAGUGCGGGCAAAAGAAAGCACUCAAAAUCCACACCGAUAGAUCCUCACUAGUGGAAUCAUGAGGCCCCUGACUGUGCUGGUUACUCCCCUCUGGAAGGAACCUAAUUAGGCUAAUAUAACGAUCAACCACCGAACUCUAAUGUAGACCCUAAGACUUGAACAUCCAACCUCGGGGUGAAAAGUUCAACUGGUACCCCACUGGAUGACCCCACUCGGUGGUACAUUCCACUAUAAUUGCUAUAGUGUACUCCUAUUCAAUUUCUUGUAAUGUUAUAUCAUCACCAACCAUGCAUAGGUAAUGGUAAGAAACCCACCUGAACAUAAUAGGACACAUUCGGAUCCAUGGUGGGUGCUAUCAUUCGGAUCCACCUUUGUUCUCUAAUUUUACCCCUUCACUACAUAUCACACCAUGAAACAUAAUACAGAAGACACCAUGGAUAUCACAGAUAAAUUAGGAAAAUCAAUAGAAAAAUAAUACCCAAUCAUCUAAUACAGUGCAUCAUAAAGUACUUUUAAUUUUUUCCAAGAACAAACAUUCCAAAUCAUUGAUGUCAAUGGCAACCUAAUGAUGCAACUUCCAAUGAACAAAUUCAUUAACAACCCAAAAAAAUGGCAACCAUAUCUAAUAGAAUAAAAUAACCUGAUAAUGGCAUGUAGGAAUAAAAUGAUUGGAAAGGGUGAAAAUUGGCCAUAAACAAAGAUAAAUUUGUAAAUUGCUUCUAAGAUAAAAGUUAAAUAGACUGGAGGGCAGUUUACAAAGGCAACUAAAUAAACCUUUUACAGAACUAAAAAGAAUUGAAAAAGAUAUCAAUUAAUACAGAACAAAACACCUUUAAGCCUUACUCAAGAACUACUCUAUGAUCAAUAAAUUGAGCAAAGAAAGUUAGCUGAAAUACAUCCUAUAACCGUACAGCACUAAACACUGCAAGGCUCAAAAAUUGAUCAGAAGUUGAUUGCAUUUCAUGUAGCAAGAUAUGUUUAGUUGUAAAACGAUCACAAACUAAAAACCAACAAAAUAAGCACCAAAUAAGAAACAGUAAUUUUAUCAAACACUAAAUCAGCACUUUUCCCAUUAGAAUAAAAAUUCAACACAAUCACAACAAAAUCGUUAAGUUUGACACAAUCCAUAACUAAUAACACAUGCCGAAGCUAGUAGAAUUUUAUGAGGGGUGCCUUUGGAAAUCAGAUUUAAGAAAACAUGCCUGCAAUCCUAACCCACCGAUCUCCUUACGCCAAUUUUAUAACCAAAGGUUUAAGAAUCCCAAUUUCGUUUCCCUCAUCAAGCAAAAAAAAACCAAAAGAACACAAAUAUUAUCCGAAAAGAGGAAUGGAGUACCUGUUGAUGAAGAAAUAGAGUACCGCUGGUUUGCAAUGGGAACAACCACGGUGUGUCUGCGUUUGGGAGAGGAAGGGAGCAGAAGAAAAGUGCAAAACCUGAUGAAGAACAACACUGCUGGGCUGUAAUUAUUCAGAUCCCAUUUGUAACUGAAGUAGCCAUUGAUGCGACAACCAUUAAUGUGUUAAACCCAUAUAGCUGAAAGAGGAAAGAUGGAGGAUAGCUUCAACCAAAAGAUAGGGAGACGAAGGGGUGCCAGUGUGCGUUAGUUGUUUAUGUCAA